AUGGACGAGCAGUCGCCUGAGAAGCGCUUCGCGCGGGCGAUGCAAAUCCUAUCGCCGCCACUGGCGGCCCGAUCUAGCUCAGCAGCCCGUCACACACUGACACCUGGAUCCAGCGUGGCACCGUUCCGCGGCGUGGCGGCCCAAGCGGCGUUCAGCUCCAGCAGCGCGCCGCCGCGCGCCGCCCAGCCGCUCUCGCUGCGGCCGUCUCUGGGCGAAGCGGGAGGGGCGGGCUCCCCCGCGAUGCACGCGCACGGCGACCCAGCAGCGGCAGCGCGGGCGGGAGCGGCUGCGUGCCGGCCGUGGGAGCGCAAUGACCUGCUGCGACGGCUGGCGACAUUCAAGUCCACCACGUGGUUUGCCAAGCCGCAGGUGCGCCGCCGCGCUGCUCGCACGCUGCUUUGCUGCACGCACGUGUUGCUCCAUGCGCGGAUGUGUGCGUGCACGGUUCAUGCGAGUAAGCAGCCAUUUGCGCCUCGCGUCCCGUCUCUCCUCCUUCCCUCUCCCCUCCCCACGGCAGGCGGCGGGGGCGGUGGCGUGCGCGCGGAGGGGGUGGGUGAACUGCGACGUGGACAUGCUGGCGUGCGAGGUGUGCCACGCGCGCCUCAGCUUCUGCGUGCCGCCCACGUGGUCCAGAGCUCAAGGUCUGUCUGCGUGCCGCCCGCUUUCUCUCAUGCUUCUGGUCGCGUGCAUGCCUCUCCUCACUCACCUCACCCCCCCUCAUAUACUCAACAUCUACCCAUCUCCCCCUCACCCCCCGCCCCCACGAAUCCGUGGGCGGCAGUGGAGCGGGCGGCAGCGGAGGUAGCGGGGCGGCUGGAGUCGGCGCACAGGCAGCACUGCGCGUGGCGGGGCAACGAGUGCGACGAGGCGCUGCUGCUCUUCCCCCCCCAGCCGCCCGCCGCGCUGGCCGCGGCCGUGUUUGAGCGCUGCCAGGCGCUGCAGCAGCUGGCGCGCCUGCCCGCGCUGGCGCCCGCAGCGGUGGAGCGCAUGCGGCGCUGCAGCCCGCGCGCCCUGGACGCGCUGCUGGCGCUGCCCGCGCUGCCGGUGGGCGCACCGUGGGACGACCCCGUGGGGCGCACAGCCACGCGCGUGACGUCAGACGCCGCUGCUUACAUCGAGGUGCGUGCCUUGCCUCUCCGCACUCCCCCUCACGUCAACAACCCUGCCCGUGCGCUCGUCUGUCCCCCACUCUCACACGCCUUGCCCCACCCCAUGUCUCCACGGUCCCACGGCGGCACAUUGCUCGUGCGUGGGCAGGUGCAGCGCAUCAUCGCGGUGUGUGGGUGGGAGCCGCGCGCCUUGGGCGUGCUGCCUGACGCGCACGACCCGCCCCACGCCAACCACCGCCACCCGCCUGCACACCCCCCCGCCCCUCUGCCCGCUCUGCCCGCCCAUGGGCGCGCGCACGUGCCUGCGCGCCCCCCGCCUGGCAUCCCUGCGAGCGCGGCGGUGCUGCAGUGCGCGCUGUGCGGCGCCAGCGUGGGCGUGUGGAACUACUCCACGCUGCCCCGCCCCCCCGCCCCCCUCGCCCUCCCCCCCGCCUCGCCCCAGCUCUCCGCCCGCCAGGGGCCACCAGGGGAGGAGGGGGCGAGGGAGCGGGAGGUGCAGGCGGAGAGGGGCAGUGAGGGAGGGGGGGAGAAGGCAGAGGAGGAGCAGCGGGAGGGCGAGAGUGGGGCGCGGAAGAGUCUUCCGCCCGCUCCUGCAGCAGCUGCCAUCAUUAUCGCGCCGGUGGGGGGAAUGAGCAUCACGAGCCCCCCGCACAGGGCGGGGCUGGGCGCAGGGGGCAAGGUAAGGGGGCGGUGGGGAGCGUCUCAGGGGCAGGGGGGCGCGGGGGUGGCGGAAAGGAUGGGGGAGGGCUCGGAGGAAGGGGUGGGGGAAGCGAAGGAAGGGUUUAGGGUAGAGGGGGAAGCGGAGGGAGGUGCAGGGGGAGAGGGCACGGAGAGGGGCAUGGGGCCCGAGGUGGUCACUUCGCCCAGGCGGGUGCAUGGUCGGCGCGAGGGGGAGGACGCGAUGGACGAGCAAGGAAUCGCUGCCCCGCUUGCCGCUGCGUCCGCUGCCCCUGCUCUGCCUGUUGCUGCUGCUGCUACCCCUGCUACUGCCACUGAUGCGUCUGCUGGUGGUGCCGGUGGUGGUGUGGGUAGGAGAGCGGCAGCAGGCAGCAUGGGUGCGCCUGCCUCUGUGGUGAGGAGGCGGAAGCAGGGGUUGGAGGCGGGGGGGGCGACAGCAGGAGUUGAGGCGGAGGCUGUGCGCCCUGCUGCCCCCGUGGGAGCAGCGCUGUCAAUUGUAGGCAGCGCCACGCCACUCGGAGCUGCGUCCGCUGCUGCACCAACAACCCAUCCCGAGUACCGCCCACCAUCGCCAGCAGCAGCAACAGCAGCAGCAGCAGCAGCAGCGGGAGCAGGGUUGGGAGCGGGCGGGGUGGCACUGGACCUGGGUCUGACCAUCGCUGGCGGCCUCCCCCCCACGCACCUCUCCUCCUCGCCCCCUCCGCGCCCCUUCGGCUCUGCCUCCGCCCUCCCCCUCUUUGGCGCCGGCCUGCCCAUUCCUGGCUGCCACCUCAGCGGCCCUGCCGGCGCCAAUCUGGGGGCGGGCGGCAAGGCAGGCGCAGGGGGUGGGGGAGGGGGAGGGUUAGUGGAAGGGGACGGGGGAGGGGGACCAGCAAGGAGAGUAGGGGUAGAGGGGGAGGGAGGUGGAGAGGGAGGGGGAGAGGGAGGGGGCGUGGGCGCAGAGGGGUUUGGGCAGUGUUUGGGCGAGGUGAGCUUUGGGCGGGGGGGUGUGGCGGUGCUGCCGAUGAACAGUGCGGAGGGCGUGGUGGCGGAGAUGGAGGAGGUGUCGUCCGAGGAGGCCGAGGUGGAGGGCUCUCUGCGCGCCCGCGCUGCCCGCGCCAAGGGGGACGCUCGCCGCGCCGCCGGCAGCAAGGGUGCGCCAGAGGGCGAGGCGGAGGGGCCAGCGGGCGGGCGCGCAGGCAGGGGGGCGUGGGGAAAGGAGGGGGGGGGUGAGAACGAGAGGAUGGAGGGGGGCGAUGAGAGUGGGAGGGGGGAGGGGUGUGGGGAGACUCAGCGGCUGGAGGGGGGCGAUGAGACCGGCAACGAGGGGGAGGGCGCGGGGGCGGCAGUGGCAGCACAGCAGAGCCGGCACGAGGGGGCUAGAGCCGACAUCAUUGCGUGCGUGAGCACGGGUCCCACGCAGGGCAGCAGCAUGCAGGGCGGUGGCGGUGGCGGGGAGGGCGGUGACAGGGGUCGUGUGGAGCAGCAGUUGUCGGCAGCGGCGUUUCUUGUGCCGUCCACACGUGCACCGGCUGCCAGCACGGCAGGCAGGGGAGGUGUGGGUGGGGAAGAGGGUGUGCCUGGAGGUGUGGCGUCAGCGGCAGGCAGUGGGGCAGUGGGGUGCAGUGCGGUGGGGCACGGGGAUGGCGCACAGCAGCAGCGGGGCAGGGCGGUUGAGGGGCAGGGGAGGCGGGGGCGGGCGGCAGAGGGCAGGGCGGGCGGCAGUGAGUUCCUGGAGCCGCCUCAGAAGCGCCGCCACGUGGACGCGUCCUCCUCCCACGCGCCCCGCCCCCCCGCCUCGCGCACUGCCUUGGGCGCGCGCGGGGGGGGGACGGUGGGGGCGGAGGGCGAGGAGGGGCUGAGCAAGAGUGGGGAGGGGGGGGGCGGGGGGGAGGGAGAGGCGGCGACGAACGCGGCGGUGAUCAGCACGGGCACGGCGGGGGACGACGCGGAGGGGCCGGGCGGGGGCAGUGUGGCGAUGGGGGCGAGCGUGGAGGUGGAGGCGCAGGCGCUGGAGGGCGACGUCGUGGACGCCUCGCGCGCCCUCGCCUCCACCGACGCCCCCGCCUCCGCCGGCGCCCCUCCCCACGCGCCCCGUGCCGCGCUGGCUGCUGUGGCGCUCUCCGCCUGCCGCAGCGUGGUGAGGGGGGCCUGGGGGGGCGCUGCUGGCGGCGCUGCUGGCACAGGGGCGGGCAGUGCGCCCGGGGGCGCGGAGAGGCAGCAUGGGGAGGGCGCAGGAGGGAGAGGGGUAGAGGGGGAGGGGGAGGGGCAUGUGGAGAGGGGAGGCGGCAGGCAGGUGGAGAGUUUCAGCUUUGCAGGGGGCGGGUGGGGUGGGCGAUGGGGUGGAGGGGAGGACGGGGGCAGAAGGCGAGGGGAAGCUGGGGAAGGGAUAAGGGGGAAUGCGGUGGGAGGGCUGGGUGAAACGGUGGCUGGGAUUGGGCAGACGGGGGAAGGCAUGGGGGAGGGGAUGGGGGAGGGGAUGGGCGAGGGUGCAGGUAUGACAGGAGUUGAGCAGGUGACGGUGGGGGGUGUGGAGGUAGCGGAGACAGGGGGGGGAACGGGGGCGACGGGGGGGAGGGAAGGACGGGGCAGUGGCGGGCUGGGGGAGGGGCGGAGGGGAAGCAGCGUGGGGAAGGCAGGUGAGGAGGCGGCAAGGGGUGAGGAUGGAGGGGGGGAGGGGACGGGGGAAGCGAAGGAAGGGCAGGGCGGGGGGCGUGAGUGGGGAGUGCAGAGGGAGGGCGCGGGGGAGACGGGGGGCCCAGAGGAGACCCGCGACACCACCCAGGGGCUGCUCAUUGAGGAGGAUGCUGACGCGGAUGGCGAUGCUGAGGCGGACGUCCGUGCUGACGUGGCGAAUGCUGGAGCAACAGCAGGGGCAGCGGGCGUGCAGGAAGCAGCAGAGGGCACAGGGGAGGUGGGGCUGGCAGCAGGUGGGGCAGAGGGGGGCGGGGAGGGGGCGGUGGGGAUGGAUGUGGAUGAGGGGCAGGGGGAGGGCGGGGGGGUGGCGGAGCAGCGUGGGCGAGUGGGGGAGCGGGCAGUUGGCGAUGAGCGCGUGAGUGGCGGCGGCGGCACAGGUGGCGUGAAUGGGCUAGGAGAGGUGCGGGGGGGAGCAGGCAGCAGGCAGCACAGGGGUGGGGAGGAGCGAGGAGAGCAUGGAGGCAGUGGCGGUGCACGUGGGGGGGUGGUUGCAGAUCAGAUGCGCGUGCAGGGAGGAGGGGGGAACGGCCACGGGGGAGUGCAUGGGGCUGGCAGGGAAGGGCAGAGUGUGGAUGGUACUGCCACUGCUGCUGCCCUUCACGCCCCGCCCGUUCCUGCUGCUCGUGCUGCAAGUGGUGGUGCCAACGGCGUGGGUCCACCUUGUGUGGGGGAGGCUGAGGUCAGCAGUGGCUCACCUCCCGCUGCUGCCAAUGCUGCCACUCCUGCCACGCCGCCUGCUGGUCCCGGCCCUGUGUCUGCCCUUCCUGCCACUGACGGUGGCCCAGCCUCUGAUGAGCCGCAGCGCCUCUUUGACCCGCUGCUGAGCCACCGCCGCUUCUGCCCGUGGGUCAACGCCCUCGCCGCCUCCCACCGCCUCAAAGCCCUCGCUGCCCCCGCCCAGGACCUCAGCCUGUUUGCCUCGCCCCAUGCCCACCGUCUCCCUGCCGUGCCCCCCUCCCACGGCGCCGACCCUGAGGCGGUGGAGGGGGGAGCGCCCGGAUGGCAGCAGUGCCUGGCCGCGCUGCACCACGUGCUGCCCGCCGCCGCCGCCCCCGCUCACAGGCUGCUGCACUCCGCUGCCCACAGGGCUGCUGAGGGGCCCGACAGGACGGCUGAAGGGGUGGCGGACUGGCUGCCUGGAGGAAUGGACGCACACGACUCGGUGGCGUCCUUCAAGGGUGACACGGUCUCAUCUGUUCGAAGACUCUUCCAAAGCCGGCGUUCCUCGUCCUUUGUCUCUCGCACGCAUCACUCCCCUCAGUAG